CGCGGGCGCGGCCGGCGCAGAGCGGGCGUGGUUGACGCGCGCACCGCGAGUCCGGCUCGUGCGACCCGCGCCUGCGCACUGCCACACGCCCGCCGACCACACAUACAUCCAAUCAAACUAUUUUAUUAAUAUAUUAUCCGAGUUCACCGUUUUCAAAAAUAUUAAUAGAAAUGAUGCCUAUCACAGGAUCUCAUUUAUGAAAAGCACGAACUAACAGUGUAGGUGCCACAGUCGACUGUGAAAAGUUUAAAUUUUAAGUGACAGUUAUGAGGAUUUUUACGUGAAUUUUACGAACAAAUAUUUGAGACAUGGAGCGGCGUGCGUGAGGUGCGCGCGAGUGCCGCCACCUGCCUCCUGCUACCAUGAUAGCCAAAGAUACCAACGUCAAAAUGGUGGAGGAGGGUGGAGACGGUCAGUUCAACCUGGACGGCAUCUUGAGCGAGCUGGGCAGCUUCGGCAAGUACCAGCUGCUGCUGCUGGCGCUACUUGCCUUCCGGGACGCCUUCCUCAACAUGUGCAACUUCAACUACGUGUUCACCGCUGCCGCCGUCAACCACAGAUGCUACGUGCCCGAGUGCGACGGGUGGGACGCGCGGUUCAACGCGUCGUGGACGUCGUUCGCGCUUCCCAACGACACCAGCACGUGCUUCCGCAUGGCGGCGCGCAGUGACGUCACCAACCAGUCCUGUGCGCCGGCGCACUUCGACGUCGACAGCGCCCUGCCCUGCCAAAGGAUCGUCUACGAAGACUACAACAGCAUCGUGGCUGAGUUCGACCUGGGCUGCGAGCCGUGGAAGCGCACGCUGGUGGGCACCGUGCACAACCUGGGGCUGGUGUUCUCCUUCGUCAUAUCCGGACUCAUCUCCGACAGAUACGGUCGCAAGGUGAUAAUAGUGGGCACGCCGCUGGUGGUGGGCACGGUGGGGCUGGUGAAGUCCUUCUCCGUGUCCUACUGGAUGCUGCUGCUGCUCGAGUUCCUCGAGACCGCGCUGGGCUACGGGAACGCCUCUAUGGUCUUGUCUCUGGAGACCGUCAGCCAGAAGCGUCGCGUGAUGUUCUCCUGCAUAUGGGACAUCCUGACCAGCUUUGGCACGGCGUUCUUCGGCCUCAUCGCCUGGCAAGUCCCCUACUGGCGGUCCCUGACCCGCGCCAUCUACGCGCCGCUACUCGUCACCGUCUUCUACAUCUUCCUCGUCGACGAGGGCGUCCGCUGGCUGCUCGCCCACAACAAGCGGGACGAGGCGGUCAGGGUCCUCAACAAGGUUGCCAAGUACAACAAUAUCACGUUGUCGACGAAAGCAAAGGAUAUGUUAACAAAGAUCACUGAGCAGAGGAAAGCUGGCCAGGAGGAGGCCCGCGUGGACACGCGGCACCUGAUGCGGGCACUACAGUCGCGCACGAUGGUGUCGCGCGUGGUGCUCGUGGCGGCACUAUCGUUUUGCUCGUUCUUCGUGUACCACGGCACCAUCAUCAACUCGGGCACCAUCAGCGGCGACAAGUACCUCAACUACGCCGCGCUGCAGCUCGUGGCCAUCCCCACGCGCGUCAUCACGGCGCUCACUCUCACCAGGUUCGGCAGGAAGGCGCCCAUAUGCGUCUCCUACCUCCUCUGCAUGGUCUUUUUCAUUGCGUCAGCUUUUAUGCCCAAAUCGGCGUCGUGGUCGUCCCUGGCGCUGUACCUGGCGGGCAUGAUGGCCAGCAGUUACGGCGUGUUCUCGCUGUCGGUGGCUGCGAUGGAGGUGUUCCCCACCACCAGCCGCAACUCACUCACCAACCUCGCCAACACGCUCGCGCGGUUCGGAACCGUGCUCGCGCCGCAGGCUCCGCUACUGGAGCAGUACAUGUCUGGCCUAGCGAGUGUGGUGUUCGGCGUGGCGGCGCUGGGCCCGGCGCUGCUAGCGCUGCUGCUGCCCGACACGAGCGGCGUGGCGCUGCCCGACGACGUCGCCGACGCCGAGCGGCUCGACGUGCCACCAGACGUGCCGCCGCCGGACGUGCCGCCGCCAAGCGCGCACGAGCCCAGCGCCGGCGCCGACCAGCCGCCGCCCAGCAGUCAAGUCGUCCGCUUCUAACAGAUACUAGUGAAUUUAGUGACAUUCUUAAAAUUAUAACAGACACUUGUGAAUUUAGUGAUUAUACCCUUAAAUAACUAACUAUCAGUUGAGUGUGUGCGUGACCAAUUAUGUCCGUAUACUCGUAGGGCGUGAUCGCCAUAUUAAAGGUCUACCUCUCUUAGUAUCAAUUCGAUUUCGUUUGACUUAUUGGUAGUCAUCAAACUGCAAAAGCAGCGAAUCUCAAGGUUUGGUAGCAUUUUUGGUGAUCGUUCAUUGUUAUAUUUAGAAUAUUGAAUUUAAGUAGAUCGAUUGUCGAAUCUCAAGCUAUGUAAUGUUAUUCAAAGAUAAUGUUAAAACCAGUCAUACACUUAUGUUUUCUACAAUAUCAUUUGAAGAACCACCUUUGGUUCAGCAAACUCCUGAUUCCAGGAUAUUACGACUGCCGGAGUACUUAGGAAGGAACUUAUGUGUAAGGACAGUGAUAUUAUCUUGUAAGCUUUGCCAAAGUCGAUGAUACUAUUAUUUAGGACUGAUUGUUUGAUAGUGUGGUUUGUUUUGUGUAUUUUUUAUAUUUAAGUAUGAUACAAACAACUCGUUGACAACGUGUACAUGCCGAGACAGAAAACAGCUAAAUUGUUCUUGUGUGGCUCUCAAGGCACCCUCACCCACUGUGUAUAAUUUGAUAACAUACAUACAUACAUACAUAAACUCACGCCCGUAAUCCCAAAUGGGGUGGGCAGAGCCACAAGUAAUCAAAGACAACUUGCAGCCACUGUUGAUACGAAGUCCUAAGAUGGAUAUGAUGAACCUUAAUAAUAUAAUUUGAUAAAAUGGUCCUAAUAAAGUUUGUCGGAUAUUUUGUAGAGUAGAUUAGACUUUUUAUUGUAUACUCAAAAUAUGUAUACAACAUAAGAUCAUGCACAUUCUCCAUUUCAGUAGACACAGACCAUGGAACUCCACUUGCUACGGACACAUCGCUUUCACUUCCUCCACUUUCGUCAAAAUCGCCGGUUGUCUACUUGUAGCCUGGUGUUUCUUCAAGACAUUCUCGUUCGCCUACUCCAUCCUUUUCCCCCUCUACCAUUUACAGUUGCAUCAAAUUAUUAAUUUUAAUAGUGUUCUUCCAUUCUUUGUCGCUACAACACGAAGGUCCUUAUACAAUAUCCAAUAUUCAAUAUUCUUUAUACUAUGAUGCACAUCUUUUUCAAUUCUAGUCACUACAUUUUCUUUCACUUUUCGUUUUCUCUUCAGUUCUUAAUGGUUCAAUGCAACACGAUUCAUAAAAACUUCUAAAUAUUACAAUUUCUCCCAUGUUUCUCCUGCCAAGCCCGCCAUUCACUGCCGUGCAUCAGUGCGGGAAGCAGUUUCCUCUAUACACAGUCAGACGGAUCUUUGUAGCCACUUCUGGCUGCUCACAGAGGCAAGCAGCUCCCCGUUCACUUGAUUACCGGCAUUCGCUCAUUCUCAUAAUUAUUAUGAUUUCUGAUAUUUUAUGUGAAAUGAAAAAAACUGUAUAUUUAGGUGUGUUUGUACUUUGUAAAUACAGAAUAAUACGUAAAGUUGUAUAAA